AGGAGUGAUUUACUAUUUGAUAGCCCAAAUGUUUUACGUUCCUGCUUUUAUCAUUUCUGAUAUAAACAAACAAAUGUCAUUUAUAUAUAAUGAGUUGGUUUGAUACAACCGGCAUUGCGAAUCUCGCAAAAUCAGCUUUGAAAGAAGCACAAAAAACUAUUGACAAAGCAUUAGAUAUUAAAGAAGAUGAUGACAUAGACGGCAACUUGGAGUCUGAAGAAUCUCAAAGCAAGAUGAGUGAGACCAUUAUUACACAAAGCCCUUCUCAGCUACAAAGUCCAUCAUCUGGUAUUUCUACAAGUAUUUGGGGCUCAUUUACUGGAUCGUUUUUUGAUCCUAAAGAAACAAAAAAUUUAAACACAGAUUUAGGUGAUGAUAGACAUGGGGUGUCUAGCAGAAUUGGCAAUAGCCAGUUAGUUGUACAAAUGUCUAUAGAAGAAACUCCUGAGCCAUGUAGAGGUAGCUCAUUAGAAGUUUCCUCAGAAAAUGAAAACAAACAAAUUAAACAUAGGGAUCAUUCCAACACAAUAAGCAACCACAAUCGAUUGUCUACAAUUUCUAAUGAAAGCAAUAAUAACAGUACAGAAUCUUUAGAGCUUUUAAGCCUUCCAACGACACCUGGAUCAAAUUUAACAUCUCCAAGCUCUGCCCCAAUAGGCACUACAUCUGAAUCAGUAGAAAUCCUAGCCAUUGGCAGUGAAAGUCACCGAUUGUCAAUGUGUACAAAUAGUGGUAAUACAUCACCAUUCAUAAGCCCUACAGAUACUAGUGUUGAACUUGUCACUCCCAGCAGUAGUGAACAUACUCCCACAGAUUCUAAAGAUAGAUUCUGUAAAACGUCUCCUGAUAGUGUAGAAGUUAUACCUGAUGAUCUUUGUGAAGAAGACUUAAGUAUAGCAGAUGACUCUGUUUCUUACAAUUCUGUUUCUGAAAAUACAGCUAUAACAGUUUUAGAACCCUUACGACCUUUUCUUAUGCAGAUGGGUGAUUCUGGUCAUAGUGAAUUGUCUACAUCAUCUGACCGUACAAUUGAUGUUCCAAUUACCAGAGCCCCUGUAAAAACUGGUUUGCAUUUAUGUCUGGAACAAGACUUAAAUACUAGUAGAUUAGAAAUGAAAGAAUCUGAAUUCAUUCCCUCAGUCAUCGGAGCAAGUUAUGAAUCUGAGGGUUCAGGAAGUGAAAAAACGAUUAUAGUAGAUGAGUCAACAAAUGUUGUCCAGUCCAUGCUGGAAGAAGCAAUGACUGAAAAAUUAUGCAAUCAGUCUACUUUAUCUGAAUCCAUGCAGAGUUUUGAAGAUGUUAGAUCCAUAACUUCAUCAAAUAAUCGAGAAUUUUCACCUAUUUCUUCUGAGAAGAGCAGUGAUAUUGUUAAAGUAGGAUCAGAGCAAACAUCAGAACAUACUUCAGCUGAUGAAUUGGAAACAACAACGUCGUCUGAUAUUGAAAUCAUUUCAAGCCCAAAUGGUGACUCAAGCAGUACUCAGAGUAGAUUGAGCCCAGCUGUAGGUAAAAUAACUCAUCAACUUGCAAAACACGAUUUGGUAUCAAAAGAUAUUUCUAAAACCAGAGGCCAUUGUAGAGAACCUAGUGAAACUUCAAGUCAUAGCAUGAGUGAAGAUUCUGAACAUGAUAAAUUAGCAAAAACAAUAAUAGAAUUGACGGAUCUUUUAGAAGCUCGUGAAAAUAAACUUUUGGAAAUUGGUCGCAAAAAUGCAGAAUUAAUGGAAGCUAACGUUGACCUAAGAAACCAAUUGGAAUCCAAUAAAUAUAAACAAGAUGCAAUGGAUGUAUGUAGUGUAACUGAAGAAUAUACGCAAAGACUAUCGGCGCUCGAAAAGAAAUUUCAACAAGCGAUUCGAGAUAAAGAUAAUUUGAGAAAACAACUAGAAACGGUAAAACAAGAAACGGCCAUGAGGAUGAGCAGGAGUGAAAUCGAAAGUACUAUAAGCGAAAAAGAGCAAAUUAUUAGAGAAUUGAGGGAAGAAGGUGAAAAACUAUCGAAGCAGCAGCUACAGUAUGGUAACAUCAUUAAAAAGUUAAGGGCUAAAGAGAAAGAGAACGAAGCUUUCAUGAAAAAACAGCGAGAUGAAAUUGAAUCGCUGACACAAGAAUCCGAAAGACUGAAAAGGUCCCUAAGUGCCAAGAAUGAUAUGGAGCGCGACCAGGUCGCCGCUAUCGACCGCCUUACCUCGGAGAACGCAAAACUGGUGCGUGACGUAGCGCAAUACCGCGGCGAAGUGGAGGACCACUUGCAGAAGCAAGAAACAAUGAAAAAGUCCCUUGACGCAGCACGACAAGAAUUAUCUGAACGAUGCAGGGCUACCGGUGAAUUAAGUAGGCGCGACAAAGCCUUGACGAAUUUAGAAGCUGAGAAACGUAGGUGUGAAGAACACAACGCACUUCUUCUAUCCCAAAUUGAUGACCUGCGAAUACAAAUAACCCAAAGCGAGCUUUCGCAUCGCGAACGGGCUGAACGAGCACGCUUGGAAAAGGAGGCCUUAAUAAGGCGCGCGGAAGAUGCCGAACUGCGUGCCGAACAACUCGCUGAAAGUGGAAUUGAAACCACAAAACCUCUCUUGAGACAACUUGAAAUGAUGCAAGAAACAUCUGCAAAAAGAAGUAAGGCCUGGGAAAAACAAGAAAGCAUAUUAGUGGAAAAAUUAGAGGAUUCGCAAAAUGCCUUAAAAAUAAUGAGAGAAAAUGAAAAAACCACCAAAGAAGAAAUAGCACAGUUGCGAAUAAAAAUUAAUGAUCUGAAUGAGAAAUUGAACAAAUCUAUGGAGAAUGAAAAUAAACUAACUUUGGAAUUGGAAUCUGCAAGAACUAAAUUAGAAGAAGUUAAGCAGGAGACUGAAAAGAAUCAAACUGAAGAAUCAACUCAAUUAAAAGUCCUUCAUGACCGUAUUACUGAACUUUCGAAUCAGUUAUCUUAUACACAGAAUCAAUUAUCAAUUGAGAGAGCAAAUUGUGAAUCUGAAAAACGAAAAGUAAAUAAUCUUCAAGAAAUGCUGAACAAAGAAAAAACUCAAUCUUCAAUGGUGACAUUCAGCUCGAGCACACCUAUGCAGGAUCUUAGUCAGUUAAAACAAUCAAGAGAGUCAUCACCAACCUUAAGUUUAGGAAGAAUGAGUGGCUCAGGAUCUGCCCACAGUGCAUUGUGGCAUUUGGAUGAUUCAGCGGACUGCAACUCGAGUCUGGCCGACGGAGGUGCUGGUUCCAUGUACGAUGUCUACCGUGCAGGCCAUUCUACCCAAGUACUUGAAUCCUUACAAUCCCUAGUCAAACAGCGCGACGGAGAAAUUCAACAAUUAAACCAUGAAAUAACAAGACUUACUUCAGAAAGAGAUUGUUUAUCUGCUGAAAUGGCCAAACUCACUGUAGAAUUAGACAGGAAUAUGGAGAGGCUGGAAGAAAAUGCAGAAAUAGCAGAACAGAUGGCUCAACUUCAAAGGCAGUAUGAUGCCUUGUUGCAAAUGUAUGGUGAGAAAAUGGAAGAAAAUCAAGAGCUGAUGUUAGAUUUACAAGAUGUUAAGGAUAUGUAUAAGGUACAGAUAGAUGAACUAAUGGCAAAACAAGAUAAUAAAUAAUGGACUGAUAUUAUUUGAACUUAAUUUUUACUGUCAAGUAACCAUCAUAUGUACCGUUCUAUCAAUUCAUGAACAAUUGAUAUAAUAGUGUUGUGAACACCCACUAAUACAUUUGAAGACAUAAUAUUCACAUAUGCGCUUGCUUUCGAGGCACGUUCUGAAAACAACGUCAUGUGAAUUGUAGGCUACCAUAUUCUUCACACUUUUUUCACAAUUUAUUAUAAACACUAUGUUCAAAUAAAAGGCUUACUAUAUGUGAUCAAAAUUAGAGAAAAUUAUGAAACGUAAUAGCAUUAUAUUCGACAGAAAUAUACGU